UCUAGUGAACUAGGUCGACCCCAUUUCAGCCUCUGGGAAGGUUCGCUUCUUUCCGACGGUGUCCUGUUUUCUGAAGAGACCGGUUCUUUCCGGCUGGAGGCCCGACCCUCUGGCAGUUAGGCGGUCUCGGAGGCCUGCCGCUUUACUUUGGGCCGGGACAGAAAGCGGCGGCGGCUGCCACCAAGGGUUUGGAGUCAUGAACAGGUUUAACUUUGGAGGAACUAGUAUCCCUACAGGUUUGACUCCAGUAUCUACUGUUGCAACUACUAUUUCAAACACCAUGCUGUUCACUUCGAUGUCAAAUACUUCCACCUCCACUGUUGCUACUAAGCUCUCAUCUACAACAGCAACAACUACCACCACCACUGUCACCACCACCACCACUACUAUAAUCAGCAGUGGUUUUAACAUGAAUCUAAGGCCACUGGCAUCAGCUUGGAUCAACACUGACCCAAUCAGUGUUCAUUCUGUACCUUUUACUUCGACUGUUAAUUCGAUAGCAACUCCUGUGAUGACAUAUGGUGAUCUGGAGGGUCUGAUGAACAAGUGGAGCCUUGAUCUAGAGGAACAAGAGAAGCAGUUUCUUUUCCAAGCUAUGCUAGUCAAUGCUUGGGACCAUAUAUUGAUUGAGAAUACUGAGAAGAUUAUUUCUUUACAUGGAGAAGUGGAAAAAGUGAAACUGGCUCAGAAAAGGUUGGAACAAGAAUUGGAUUUUAUCCUAUCAGAGCAGAAGGAGCUGGAAGAUGUGUUGACUCCUUUGGAGAAAGCUGUGAAGAAGCAUAGGGAGCCUGUUUAUCUGCAGCAUACAGAAGAGGAGCAUGAGAGGAUUUACAGAUUAGCAGAAAAUAUAGAUGUUCAGCUGAAACAAAUGUCCCAAGAUCUCGAGGACAUUAUUAAUCACCUGAAUGCAUUUGGAAUUCCUGCUGACACUACUGACCUGGAACAAUGCAGAGGAGGAUAGAAAAGAUAACAUGGAUCUUCAAGUAUUGUCAUGACAAGCAGUAGAAAUGCAACAUCAAGAUUAAUUUUGACUGAAUGAUAUCUUCAGCAUGUUUUUGGAUUAUUUGUGAACUAUUAAUUCUACUUAUGUCAAAUAGAGUAGUAUUUACAGCUACUAUUUAAUCUUUUAUUGCAGUGAAAUGUACUGUGUUUUAUAUUUCAGUUAAAUAUUGUGCUGUUGAGAAUUACACUGUAGUUUAGCUUUAAUAAAUCAAAGCUGUAUUUGCCCCCUUUUCCAAUCUGCAACUUAUUAGAUGUUAAUCCUGUAUGUGUAAUUUAUGUCUUACUCGCCUCAGUUCCACAUCGCACCAUGAAUACACAUCUUCCUUCUCACUUUAACUGAAUUGUAGAGAGAUGUUUUCCAAAUAGUAUGUGCCAGUAAUCUUUACUGUGUGUUUGUUACACCAAAUGCAUAGUGCUAGUUACUGUAAAGUCUAUCUCUUCAAAGAAACUUACUGUCCAGUUUGAGGUAUAAGUAAUCCCAUCUGUAUAAAAACAAUCUUGACAAUAUGAAGAAGUAUGUUUUGAAUCAAAUAAAGUGUGUUAAUAGAAACUCAAUCCCAUCUGUAUAAAAACAAUCUUGACAAUAUGAAGAAGUAUGUUUUGAAUCAAAUAAAGUGUGUUAAUAGAAACUCAAUCCCAUCUGUAUAAAAACAAUCUUGACAAUAUGAAGAAGUAUGUUUUGAAUCAAAUAAAGUGUGUUAAUAGAAACUCAGUGAAGGCUGGGGCCAGUGAAGGCUGGGGCCAGCGCUGUGGUGUAGCAGGUAAAGCCGCCACAGGCCUGUGGCGCCGGCAUCCCAUAUAGGUGCCGGUUCGAGUCCCAGCUGCUCCACUUCCAGUCCAGCUCUCUGCUGUGGCCUGGGAAAGCAGUAGAGGAUGGCUCAAGUCCUUGGGCCCCUGCACCCAUGUGGGAGACCUGGAAGAAGCUCCUGGCUUCUGAUCGGCUCAGCUCCAGCUGUCGCAAACAAUUGGGAAGUGAACAAGCAGAUGAAAGACCUCUCUCUCUCUCCUUCUCUCUCUCUCUCUCUCUCUCUCUCUCUCUCUCUCUCUCUGCCUCUCCUUCUCUCUGUGUAACUCUGACUUUCAAAUAAAUAAAUAAAAUCUUUAAAAAAAAAGAAACUCAGUGAAAGGCAGAAAAGUUAUGGCAGAUUCAGGAUAUGAAUUAGGUUUGAGCAAUUCAGUUAUUUUUGAUGGGCUGAUAUCCUGGUGUUCUACUUCGUUUCAGCAUGUGAUUUAUAGUUUUUGGUUUUUGUGUAUUGUUCAUUUAUUUGUUUUUUUAAAGCCUUGUUCUUAACUUUGAAACAGUCUGAUCUCUUGUAUUUUCUUGUUUUACCUAAGUCACAGAUGUGUUGUUCCAAAAUUAAAGCCAAAAUAAACCACCUAAAUGUGUU